CUAUGAAUUUUAAAAUGAUAUCAUCUGAAAGAAAUCCCCAAUGUCCUCUAAGGUAUACGGAUAUUUGAUUGAGGUGUGUAUUGAUUUUCUAUUACUUGCUUUUUAACUCAGGUCUCAGCACUGAGGGGAAUGCCUCCACCAGAGGGUUCUGGUCCUAACCCUAACCACUGGGCCCUCUCAGAGUUACUGGGACAGAGGAGGCUUGUGGUGUUGGGGGUGCUAGUAGCAUGGAUGGUCCUCUUCCACCUCCUGGUGAACGUGUGGCUCCUCUGUCUCUUCACCAGCCUGCUGGUGGUCCUGGGUGGCUGGCUGGGGUCCCGUGCUGCCCUGGAUGCCAACAGCCUGCUACACCUGGAGCACUUUGUUCCCCUGGGUAGAUCACAGCCGGCCCUCCACUCGCCUGAGAGCGAAUGGAGGCUGGACCACGAGAUCCAAAGCGCUGUGCAUAAAGCCAUCCGAGACUUUGUGUCGUCCUGGUACCACACCAUGCUGACCGAGGAGGAGGGGCUGGGGGAGUUUGAGCACAUUAUGCGGGACGCCAUGUUGGAUUCAGUGAUGGAGCUGAAGGAGAGGGCUCGGUGCGUGGACAGGAGAGCGCUGGUCCAGAGGACCUUGGAGCUGUGUGGCUGCCACCUGCAGAGCUACAUGACAGCCAGGGAGAUGAUGAAGCAGGCAGAGGCACGGCUGGGGAUGCAGGACAGAGACAGCUCCAGCACCCCCAGCCUGUGGGAGCUCUAUAGCCAGGCAGAUGCCCCCCACCCAGCUCUGGCUAGUCCAGCCACGGAGCUCAGCUAUUCCCGGGCCGUAGUGGACCUCCUAAUGCAAGUCCUGGUCCCGUUCCCUCACCUGGAGACCAGGACAGGGAGAUACAUGGUGGGGGAGUUGAUCACCUGUAACGUCCUCCUCCCACUGGUCAGUAGGGUGUCCGAUCCUGACUGGCUCAACCUUACCAUUGUGGACUUGUUCACCAAAGCCAAAGAAUCACCGGAUGAGUCCCUCGAUGAGCUCCCUGAUACUCCAGUCCAGCUGCACAGGAGUCAGACCCAGCAGGAGCUCUGGACCCAGACCCGUUCUACCUCCUGGCUCCAGACUCCGAGAGACCAGAACGAGUCCAGCAACAGCCCCACUCCUCCCAAGCCAGCCACUCCAGACUCCCUGGAAUCCAUGGAGUCCUACCAUACGGCAGUGCCAGAUCUGAAGGAGGAAACACGGCAGUACUGCGGGGCGAUCCUACCAAUGCCAUGCAUUGGUUCAUCGAUCAAAAUAAACACUUGUCAUGUGUCUAUGGAUCUGCUGAGGUCCUGCAGCGGUGGCAGCCGCCUGUAUCAGGUUGUGGACUCGGACCUGGAGUCCCCAUCGACAGAAUCCAAUCAGCUCUCUGUGGAGUCCCUAGACCAGAUGGACUCCGAGGAGGACCAGACAGACAGCUUCUGUGACUGUACCUCCCCUACCAACUUCUGCAGUGUGUUUGAAGACGAGCCGCCUGGAUGCUUCGGCAACUUGAAGGUCCUGGGACCCAAGGUGUCCGAGCAGCCCCACUGGCCAGCGGGCAUGGCGGAGGAGCUGCCCCCAGGCUGCCCUGUCCCUCCAGGGAGGCUGUGUCUGACCCCCUUCAGCUUCGAACCCCUCAGCAGUCCAGAUGGACCAGUCCUUAUCCAGAACCUGAGAAUCACUGGUGCUGUGACAGCCAAGGAGCACCGCAGCACCGGCUCACACCCCUAUACUCUAUACACCGUAAAGUAUGAGACAGUGGUUGACUCGGAGAGCCUAGGUACUCUACAACCUGUAGCCUAUCACACUGUGAACCGGCGCUACAGCGAGUUCCUCCACCUGCAGACGCGCCUGGAGGAGAAGCCUGACCUCAGGAAGAUGAUUAAGAAUGUCAAGGGACCCAAGAAGAUUUUCCCCGAUCUUCCGUUUGGGAACCCAGAUAUUGACAAGGUGGAAGUUCGAAAAGGACAGCUGGAUACCUUUCUUAAACAACUGUGUACCAUCCCUGAGACGGCCAACAGCGACGAGAUGCAGGAGUUCCUGGCUCUUCACACAGACGCCAGCACAGCCUUCGAGAAGAAACCAUUUGUUAUGUCCAGGAUUGACAAGAUGAUGGCGAAUGCUGUAGACACUCUGAAGACAGCAUUCCCUCGUGCUGAGGACGACCUGGAUGGAGAGCCUGCUGAUGCGAGGAAUGCCCCAGAAGGAAGGAAGAGGUCUGUCCGGCUGAGGUUCUCCAGUAAAGUCGCCCCUACUCUCAAUAUACCUGAAAUCCAGCCCAAAGUCAUAUACUGCUUCAAUGAAGGGAGCACUGUGUUCCAUGGCCUGUCCCUGUCUGGUCUGGAGGGCUUUAUAAAGGACCAGGAGGCUCUGCUCUAUGCUCCCCAGGAGAAGGAGGCUGACGGGAGGAGGUUCAGCGUGCUACCUGGCAAAGACAGGAAGGGUGGUGGGGGUCGGGAGAGAAAACUACGGGGGACAGACACGGCCGUGGCAGACGUAGCUCUGAACAUCCUGUGUCUGCUGAUGAAGGACCAGUGGAGCUGGCUCUGCACUGAGAACAUACAGAAGACCAUCAGACUGCUGUUUGGCACCUUCAUUGAGAGGUGGCUGGAUGUGGGCAUGGCCCACCUGACCAGUGCUCCCUGCUGGGUGAUCUACCUCCAGGUGAUGCAGGAGGCAGUGUGGCCCGGGGGUGUCCUCCCUGAUGGGCCUCGUCCUGACCGCAGCCUCAUCCAGAGAGAAGAGACCAGGCAACAGUGUUUGCACUGCCUUACACAACUACUACCAGACCUGAUUGCUGACAUGCUGGGUUCUGAGAAGUACAGAGUGAGCUGGGAUAUGGCACUGGCGUCUCUGCAGGACCCUAACAUCAACCGGCACCUGAUCUACUGUAUCUGUGACCUGCUGUUGGAGUUCCUGAUUCCAGAGUCUUCAGAGGAGGGCUUUCAGAGAUCUCUACUACACAGUCUCUUUGGGGACGAAGAGAGGCUUUCUGCUUCAGCUUGACAACACACCAACACACCACCCCUCUCUCUGCGCCCCUGUCACUAUCCCUAUCUAUUACCCUCUACCCCCUCCCAUCCUGGCUGGCUCAUCAGUAUGGUAACCGUGGUCCUGCUGGGUUAAUCAGAAUGGGACCAGAGAUUUACUGGAGCUUCUCAUGAGGUCAGAGAAGAAAGGUGAGGAGCGCAGAGAAGGGGGGAGGAGGGGGAGGAGGAAAAGGGUUGGGGAGAUAGGAGGGGUGGGAAGGCUGGGAAAUGGGCUCUUGAACUCCUUACACUUUUUAGGCAACGCUCUAAAAUGACUGAUGACACUUUAUUGAAUGUAUUCUCAAGGCACUGUGUUGGUGAUUGUGCUAAUAUUGUGUUUUAAUUAGAUGCUUGUGUAGAGAAACACAUUUAUGUAGAUAUGUAUGUACAGUAUAUGCAGUAAUUAUUUUAUGUGUUUAUUUAUUUAUAUGUAAAAUGCAGUAUGUGUGAUAUCAAUAGAUAUACAGUGGGGUCUGAAAUUAUUUGACCCCCUUGAUAAUGAUGAGCAAAAAUGACUAUAUAAAAUAAAUCAAAUACUGAGCUACUGUAUAUUUUAUGCAAAUAAAUAAUUGGGAAAUUA